AUGUUGAGUCGCUGUGGACGUCAGGCCUCGCGCCUGAUCCCGCGCACGGCAAGCUCCGCUAUUCGGUCGACUGCCAUCCCUCUCCAGCUUCGUCCUGCGGUGGUUGCUCCUUUGCGCCUGCCGGGACAAGGCCGCAGCGUGUCCUCCUCGACGCGUGAAGGACAGCAGACUCUGCUCUCCGCACCCCUAGAGGAGUCCGACCCCGCCAUCUAUGACAUUCUCCAGAAGGAGAAAAAACGUCAGCAACAUUUCAUCAACCUCAUCCCCUCCGAGAACUUCACAUCACAAGCUGUCCUCGAUGCACUGGGCAGUGUCAUGCAAAAUAAAUACUCGGAGGGAUACCCCGGUGCUAGAUACUAUGGUGGAAACGAGCACAUUGACGCCUCUGAACGGCUAUGCCAGCAGCGUGCGCUCGAGACCUUUGGCCUUAACCCCGAAGAAUGGGGUGUGAACGUGCAACCGCUGUCCGGCUCGCCCGCUAACCUUUACGCCAUUUCCGCCAUCCUCAACACCCACGACCGCUUGAUGGGCCUGGACCUGCCCCAUGGCGGUCACUUGUCUCACGGCUACCAGACCCCCACCAAGAAGAUUUCGUUCAUCUCGAAGUACUUCGAAACGCUGCCCUACCGGCUAGAUGAGUCUACCGGUCUCAUUGACUACGACGCCCUGGAGAAGCAGGCGCUUCUCUACCGCCCCAAGCUCAUCAUCGCCGGUACCUCGGCCUACAGCCGCUUGAUUGACUACCCUCGCAUGCGCCAGAUCGCAGACGCCGCCGGCGCAUACUUGCUGAGCGACAUGGCUCACAUCUCCGGUCUCGUGGCUGCGGACGUCCUCCCGUCGCCCUUCGCCCACUCAGAUGUGGUGACUACCACGACCCACAAGUCGCUGCGGGGUCCCCGCGGCGCGAUGAUCUUCUUCCGCAAGGGUGUCCGCCGGACGGACAAGAAGGUCAACCCAGAGAUGUAUGACCUGGAGGGCCCGAUCAACGCGUCCGUGUUCCCAGGUCACCAGGGUGGCCCCCACAACCACACUAUCACCGCCUUGGCUGUGGCGCUGAAGCAGGCGCAGUCGCCUGAGUUCAAGACCUACCAGCAGACAGUGCUGGCCAAUGCGAAGGCCCUGGCAGACCGUCUUGGCAGCCCGCUUAGCAACGGAGGUCUGGGAUACAACAUCGUUUCUGGCGGCACCGACAACCACCUGGUGCUGGUGGACCUGAAGAACCGCGGGGUGGACGGCGCGCGCGUCGAGCGGGUGCUGGAGCUGUGCGGUGUGGCCAGCAACAAGAACACAGUGCCAGGUGACAAGUCGGCUCUGAAGCCCGGUGGUCUACGUCUGGGCACGCCGGCCAUGACGACGCGAGGCUUCCAGCCGGAGGACUUCCGCCGCGUCGCAGACAUUGUGGACCGGGCGGUGAUCAUUACACAGAAGCUGGACAAGGCAGCCAAGGAGAGCGCGGCUGCAAAGGGUGUGAAGAACCCGAACACCGUCAAGGCUUUCUUGGAAUAUGUGCGCGAGGGCGAGGAGAUUCCGGAGAUUGUGCUCCUGCGGCAGGAGGUGGAGGACUGGGCGGGAACAUUUAGUCUGCCUUGGGCUAAGGAUGAUCAGUCAUUCAUCCUGACCCUGUAUCCCUUCUUCCUUUCUAUAUACCAUAUAUUUACUAUAAUACUACUUCUUCUUAACACCAAAUCACCAUGCACAUCAGUCAAGUACAUCAUCCCCCACAUCCAUGCCCGUAUACCAAUAUCAAUGGUAGUAAUACUAACAACAAUAAACCAAAAGCUCUACACCUACCCCAUCAAAUCCCUUCAAGGCGUUCCCAUCUCCAACGCAACUUUCACUCGAACCGGCUUCCCCUAUGACCGCCAUUAUAUGCUCCUCAAAGUCCUUCCCAAUGGCGAAUACAAGAAUAUGCAUGUGCCUCAUUUCCCGGAAAUGUCGCUUUUCUAUACCGAUAUCAUUCACAGUGAUGAUGACAAGAAAGCAUCAGGGUCUGAGUCCAGCAGGAUAGUGGUCACAUAUCGUCCUCCUGCUGCUGAUCAAUCCCAGUCCCAGCGGAAGUUGGAGGUACCGCUGAUACCCGAUACGGCGGGGUUAGAGGAGGUAGAAGUCGUCAUGCACCAGAGUCCGACAAAGGGGUAUAUCAUGAGAGAGGAGUAUAACGGGUGGUUUAGUGAGUGUUUUGGAUAUCGGGUGGUGCUUGUCUAUUUGGGCGGGAAUUAUAGAGGUGUUUUGGGAAGUUUUGCGCCGGAGAAGAGUGCGGCGCAUAGAGGCAUACAUGGGUGGUGGUGGAGGGACGGGGUGCUAGGUCUAGGAACAGGGCUGGUGGGUGUGAUGAUUUUGUUGUCUUGGGUAGGUAUGAGUAUGGGAAUACUGGGGAGUAUAGGAGCAACAGGGGCAGCAGGAGCUGUGGUUUGGUAUGGGGCUGGACGCCAGAAUAAGAAGGAAGAACAGAUUACUUUUGCUGAUACGGCGCCAUAUCUGAUUGUGUCGCGCACUUCAGUCGAGGAUGUCUCUGCACGGUUAGCUGGCAAUGAGGAAAUGGAUGUUACCAAGGCCCGGCCGAACAUUGUCAUAUCUGGCGCAGAGACGGCCUUUGAAGAGGACUUCUGGGCUGAAGUGCAGAUUGGAGAGCCUGGUUCGGCGAAGCUAUUGCUCACGGCCAAUUGUAUACGGUGUCAGAGUCUUAAUGUUGAUUAUACGACGGGGAAGAUGGGUACGGGCGAGUCAGGGACUGUGCUAAAGAAGUUGAUGAAGGAUCGCCGAGUCGAUAAGGGCGCCAAGUUCAGUCCAGUGUUUGGUCGAUAUGGGUUUUUGGAUGGAGGGUCGGAUGGCCGGACGGUGCGGGUUGGAGAUGCGGUGGUGGUAGCAAGGAGGGUUAAGGAACGGACGGUUUAUGGUGAGUGUGCUACUGUUCUACCAUCUGAGAGUUCUUGUUAUCUUCACAUCCCGCCCAUCGAUCCAUCCUCAUCCGUCUCGCCCGGCGGGGUCAUGGAUUACUCCGUCAACCUCCGCCGCAAGGAUACCACCAAGGGUCCGCCUUUGCGGAUCCUGUCGCUCGAUGGUGGCGGCGUCCGUGGUUACUCCAUGCUUAUCAUCCUCCAAGAACUCAUGUACCGCGUCUACGUCGAAUGCGAAGGCAAAGCUCCUCGUCGCGAUGAAAUCCCUAAACCCUGUGACCACUUCGACCUCAUCGUCGGCACUGGAACCGGCGGCUUGAUCGCCCUCAUGCUGGGCCGGCUACGCCUGGAUCUCGAGACCUGCAAAGAUGUCUACGUCCGCAUGACCCGCCGCGUGUUCGAAACCGACAAGACAUUCGCCGGCAUUCCUUUCCACAAAACCCUGUUUAAGGCUUCCAAGCUGGAAGAAGCCAUCCGCGAAUGCGUCCGCGAACAUACCGUCUUCGAAGCGGAGGGUAACGAUUUGAGCCCGUCGGCGCGCAAUUCGCUGGCCAGUGCCCCUUUUAGUCCCAACUCCAUGUCGGUGCCCCAGCGCUCGGGCAGUCGCGCUAGCUUCAGUACUACUGGCUCUCAUUCGUCGGGUCAUGCUAGUCAGCGGAAUUCGACAUUUGUGAACGGUUUGCGCUGGGGAAAUCCGGAUGCGCUGUUGUAUGAUAACCGGGAGUAUCGGACGAAAACUGCUGUGACUGCACUCUACAAAGGUACAACGUCCCGGAACGGCUCGACCGUCCUCCUCCGAUCCUACGAUUCGCGCAAAGAACCCCCGCCCGAGUUCAACUGCACUGUCUGGCAGGCUGGUCGUGCCACUUCGGCCACUGGGCUAGCCUUCAAGCCCAUUCAGAUUGGACAGCACGUCUUCAUCGAUGAAGGUGCCGGUACCUACAACCCCUCGCCGCAGGCGCUGGAUGAAGCGGUUAUGAAUGAGUGGCCCGGUCGCGAAAUCGGGGUGUUUGUCAGCGUGGGCACUGGCAAGCGCCCACCAGGCACCAACAAUCGGCAACACGAGUGGUGGGAGGACUUCUUUGGGGAUGCCCUGGGCACAUUCGCAGAAGCCCGUCGACGUCUGAUCGCCAAGAUCGAGGGUUGCGAGGAUAUUCAUUUGGCGAUGCUGCGCGACCAUCUAGCUAAGCGCAAUGUGAGCAAGGACAACUACUACCGGCUGAACGUCGAGGUGGGCGUGGGCGAGUUUGGCAUGAAUGAAUGGAACCGGCUGGCAGACAUCAGCACCAACACACGGCGUUACCUGACGCGACCGGAGGUGAAGCACCAGAUCCUGGAUGCCGGUGUCAAGUUCGCCAAAAUUGAGCGCCAACACCGCCGGCUGGCUGACCAUGCGGCGGCGGGUCAGGUCGACGAUGGGACCUCGUCUAUCAUGCACAGUCCAGUACUGUCGGUGCCGCCGCCAUCGCACCCGAUGGCCGUGGAGCUACCAGCUGAGCUGCCGGGUGACUUUGUGCCUUAUAUCACAACAGAGGACUCACUGCCAGCGCACCCCACGCCACAGGAUACUGUGCUACCAUCACCGGGGCGGACAUCAGGCGACCUGGCCAGUCCGGGGGCUGGCGAGGUCAGUCGGCCUAGCUCACGGACGCACGGGUCCUCUCGACCCAGCACCGGGCAUGGCCACGAUGGGAUGCCUCCGCCGGUGCCUCCCAAGACACCGAUUCCUUAUCCUUCUGAGUAUCCCAGUGAACUGGGGGGUAUUCCGAUGCCGAUGCCGACAACGACCAGCCCGGGACACAGUCACAGUGGAAGUUUGAGUGGGAAACUUCGACCGCCGUAUCCAGUGGACGAGCCACCGGUGGUAAACAAGCAGCGGAAGCCGAGUUACCAUGUGCGGUGA